UUUUCUCUCUAAAACCCCUAGAGCCCUAAGCUAGCAUCCUUCGUUAGCGCUUGAAAGGGCGCACGUAGACAUGCCGACCUUUUGGGCUACUACUCACUUAAUUUAGCUGAUUUUUUUUUUCUCCUUCCCAAACGCAAAUUGGAAUCGAUUUGAAUUCUUCAUGGCCGCCGUGGAAAUCGAUGGCCCGAUCAUUGAACAAACAUCGAAUUUGGACUUGCCAGAGCAGGUGAUUCACAAAAUCUUGUCAUUUCUCCCCGGAGAAGAUGCAAUUCGAGCUUCUGCAACGUCGAAGCAAUGGCGAUUGGCCUGGAUUUCGUCUCCGGUCUUCUCCUUCAACGAAGGAUCCGUGCCGUUCAAGAACCUCGAUUUCUUCGACUAUGUCGACGCUUCUUUGGCUCUCUGGCGCGAUCGCUGCGACAGCCGAGUCAACAUGGAGAGGCUCUCGCUCACCGCCGACUUCUCCAGCGACGAAUCGUAUUCUCGCCUCAACCAGGUCAUCGCCGCCGCCACGAGCCGUAACGUCAAGGUGAUAGAACUCCGUAACCUCAAUUUUGAUGAACUUUUUUGGAUAGACUUCGAUUCUGGUCUGUGGCUUAUACUUUUGGCCUGCAAUUCGCUCGAUAAUUUGUCUUUUAAGUGCUUCCAAUUUUACAUUGCAAAUCCAUUAUCGGCUAUCUCUUCUUCUCUGAAGAAGCUUAAGCUGAGUUGCAACUUCAUAGACGAGGGCAGUUUGAAGAAUCUGCUGUUGUGCUUCCCUUGGCUGGAAGAUUUAGAAUUCGGAUUCUGCUAUGGUUUCGAUGAGCUCCGUGUUUCUUGCCCUAGCCUCAGAUCAUUGAAGGUCACUCUUUCUGAGGAUUUAGCACAAAAAGUUGUAAUCGAUGCUGCGAAUCUCCAGUACUUAUCUUAUACGAGGACCUUUAGGCCCCCUGGCACUAUUAGCUUCUCCAAUUGUAAAUCCCUAACAACUCUGCAUAUUGAUCGUGCCGUUUUCACGACGGUAUGUACGAUUGACAAGUACAUUUCCCAGAUUCCGCUCUUGGAGAAUCUAGUACUGGACGGCUGCGAGAUGCCUGGAAUUAUUCAUAUAUCUCACUCUAAUCUCAGGAGCUUGAAGUUUAGACGUUGCUGGAGGUUGAAGAAGGCUGAGAUCGACAUGCCGAACCUGCGUUCGUUUCGAUACUAUGGUGGCGCGAUUUUCCACAUUUCCACUUUUAAAUACUGCUCUGGUUUCCUGGAGGCUAAACUCAAGUUGUACACAGGUUCUUUAGACUGUACAGAAUGGUUUUGGUUUAUUAGGUUGAGAAACUUUCUUGAAAGUUUUAGCAAUUGCAAAGUAUUAACACUAGAUUGUCACUUGGAGGGAUUUACUGAAAAACUCAGAGACAACUAUUUUCUACCCGAUCCGUUGUAUGAGCUAAAGCAUUUGGAGAUCACAAAUCUAUCUCUCCCUAUUGAUGAUUACUCUAGUUUUGUGGAUGCUAUGGUAGGGCUUUUUCCUUUUGUAGAAACUCUAUCUCUGAAGACAUCUUCUGCUGCAAUCUUCAUCAAGUUUGAUGAAUCUGGAUCUUUCUCAGUGAAGUCGCAAGUGUCUAUCAAUACUUCAAACACCGAGCACGACCAAACAUUUCAAUCUAUCAAAGCCUCUGUGGACAAGAUCGUGGAGCUACUUAGCUGGACGGGCGAAGACUCUGAUUGAACAGAAUUUUUGCAUCGUUUCUUUGCAUAAAAUGUAGGCGAAGUAAUACGAACGUCUUUGCUGCAUCCAACACCAGGAACAGAACUUUAAGCGCGGCUCGUCCCAGAGAAUCUUGCGAGGAGAAAAUUGCGCAGAUUAGUUGAUCAUUGUACGUAUCUUCUGUUGAAUAGAUAUGAGUUGAAGUUUUUCUCGCCGUAUCUUAAGUUUUCCGAGGAUGAUGUUUCUUAUUAAGUGAAGAUUUUGUAAUCACGUGAGGUAAAUGAAAUGCAUGUCGUCCAUCUUAGCGUUUAUCAGCAUUAGAGCCCUAACAGCUUGAGAAAAAUAUGAGAGGGUGAAACGCAUAUCUCGCUUGACUGUCGAUGUUCAACUUUCAAAGCGAGAUGUUCAAUUUUAACGAGUUAUGAACAUUGACUGUGGUAUAUCUGUUUCACAAAUUAUUCAGGGCAUGGGAUGCAAGUUGUGUAGAGAGCAUCGUUACACCCUAAAUUAUUCUGCUUUUGGCAAAAUGGACCCCGAACUUUCAAUUUUGACAAAAUGCAUCAUGAAGUUUUAAAAUCAGUUGCAAUAGAAGUCCAAUAGCUAAUGACAUUAUCAAAUUGAUUGUUUAAAACACGAGAUUCACAUAUGAAAGACAAAGAUCAUUACUUUUCACACUAUGUCAAGUGUAAAUCUCGUGUCUAAAAUUGUAAUUUGAUAACACCAU